UUUGAAACCGCGCACAGAAGCCAGUCAGUUUUGGCGGUACUGGCCCUUUAAGAGACUCGGUCCUGGUUUUUGUUACUCAGUAACACCCCGAGUCAUUUCACUAUGGCGAAGGGGCUGUAAACAAGUGCGGUGGGAAAAAGUGCGUACUCUAUGUGUAAAAUAGAUUUCCGUUAGAGAUGAUUUCGCGUUUAGUUGCGUAUAUAUAACAUAGCAUACAUAGUGAUGCAGACAGUCUCCGAUUUCAGUAACAUGGACUGGAUCAAACCAUCAAACCUCUUUCCAAGACACCUUUUAUCCUGUUAGUCCGGAACUAUUUUAGGUUGAAAUCAUGUUGACAGGGUCCAAAACCACCUUUAAAGUGAGACAGAUGGUUCCGGACAUGAAGGAGAGGAUGAUGAGCCACAGUAGCCUUCAUGCACACGGGAGAGAUGUGUUCGGCCUCUGCUGUUUGCCAGGAGAGUGUGUGCUCCAGCGAGCCGUGCUGGUGAGGAAGAAGCUGUCUGCUAAAGAAGGAGGAGGCUGGUUGUCUGGGACUCUGUUCUGCACUCAUUUCAGAGUUGCCUUCGUGCCUCAGGACAGCCAGAAACCUGACGAUAAUGCAGAUCCUGUGCUGCUCGGAGACCAUGAUGUAGCUCUAGCCUCUAUUGACAAAGUCGUGGCAGUGGGACCAUCUCGGACCAAACUAGUGACCCCUACCUGCUCCCUAAAAUUCACCCCUGAGGAGCUGGUGUUGUACUGCCGGGACCUGCGUGUCCUCUGCUUCCUGUUCGACAGACUCACGCCCGAUACUCAAGCUCUGGAGAUCACAUAUACCAUAGCUAAAACCUACCAGCCACUGAAACCUGGAACCAUCCUCUCCUUCCAAAAUGCUGCUUUGGGUAGUAUUGAAAUGAAGCAGUUCCUAAGCAACAGGUGGCGUGACCCUAACAUGAACUGGUUCGAGUGUUCGAUGGGAUGGGAGCAGGAGCUGGAGAGGACAGGUGCCAGCGGCUGGAGGGUCAGCUCUGUCAAUGACCGCUUUGAGAUGUCCACCAGUCUGCCCAGAUUCAGUGUGGUUCCUCAGAGGGUCCUGGACACAGAGCUCAAGAAAACAUUUGCCCACUUUAAUGAGGGUCGCAUCCCACGCUGGUGCUGGCGACAUCCGCAUGGCAGUGACUUACUACGAAUGGCCAGCUUCCAAAAUAACAUCUACCAUGAGAAGGACGACAUCAGGAACCUGGAGUCAGUGCUCUUCGGCGGACAGCAGCUGUGUGUGAUUGUGGAUCUGGGAGAGGAAAUGCCGUCACCUGCAGACAUCCAGCUGGCUCACACGAGACUCCGGACACUUUGUCUGGGCGAUAUUUCAUCAUCAGUAUCGGUGCCUGAUGACAAGUGGCUGUCCACUCUUGAAAGCACUCGCUGGCUCGACUAUACCAGGUGCUGUCUGAGAAAAGCUGCAGAGGUAGCUUGUUUGCUCGGAGGAGGUCACAUGACUGUUGUUCUCCAAGAGCCAGAGGAUAGAGACAUGAACUGUGUGGUCUGCAGUCUGGUGCAGGUGAUGUGUGACCCUCACUGCAGGACCGUGCCUGGAUUUCAGGGGCUGGUUCAGAAAGAGUGGAUCAUGGCCGGACACAAAUUCCUCAGCCGGAUCAACUACCACAGAGAAAGUGACAAAGAGGAGGCCCCUGUGUUCCUGCUGUUUCUGGACUGUGUGUGGCAGCUGUGGGCGCAGUAUCCCACACGCUUCCAGCUUACUGAAGACUACCUGCUGGCUCUGCAUGACAGUGUGCACCUUCCUCUCUUCAGCAGCUUCCUGGCCAACAGUCAGAGGGAGAGAUGUCGCCGUUCACAGCAUCUUCCCCAGAGCUACACCCCAGUGAACGGUCUGAGGGAAUUGCCCAAGGGUGCCCCAGAGGAGCCAGUAGACCCACCGUUCCCCCCGGUGUGGGACUGGGCCUUGCAGUACAGCAGUCUGAGACGAUCCCGCUUCACCCAGCCCAUGUCACAGCCCGCCUGUCCUCCACCCGUCCUAAACGGAAACCUCAACACCAACCAGGACCAUGGCUGGCCUAAUGACGGACUGCCAGGCUCUGUGUUCCUGUUGUCCCGUAGCACAUUCUCUCAUCCCUCCAACCUGCUCCCCUGGAGGAGCGGAAACUCCGGCUCUUACUGGAAAAGCCACCGCAGGGCUCCUUCCUCAGAGAGUCUGUCUGGACUCGAACGUCUCAUCAGAGCCUGUUCGCUCUCUGAACCCUCCGAGAACCCCUCAACCCUCCACGACCCAUACGAGCCCCUGCUGCCCCUGCUCUUAGGACCCUGUGUCAGAGUAUGGAGAGCCUGCUAUUUAAGGGGCGCACUACACGCUCAGGCUUUCUCCCACCCCGCGUCUUCCUGCAGUCAGCAUCCAUUGGAUCAGCUGGCCUGGGAAGUCCAGCAGCUCAGAGAGAAAGUGGCUCAAGCUUCUCACAGACGCCCCGAGAACCAGACUAAACGACAGGAGCCACUCCGGCUGGAGUCCAACCUCAACCAGAACGCCAACAAUGGGACCUUCCUCUUCUCCUCUUCCUCUAGAACAUCUCAACAACAGCCGUCCAGCCGAGGUGCGGCCCACUCCUCCGUCAUUCCCAAAGCCCAGCGGACAGCAUCCGAUCCACCCAGGCCUGUGCAGAGGAAUAACGGCAAGCACACGUUUCUAUUCGGCCACCAACAAGAGCCGCAGUCAGGGCUGCGUUAUAUUCCCUCCCCUAGUGCCAAACUUCAUAAACGCCCCGGAAACUCAUACUGAUAUGUAGGAAGGAAAGAAACUGCCCCCUCCGGUGUUUGUGUUUCUGAAACAAUACAAUAUGGUACAAAGAAGAAACGCCACUAGAAAUCUACGUGCAUUUGAAAAAGCACAGAUUGACACUGGCUUUUUGUACAAGUAGAUAUGUAAAGCGUAGCAAAAAAAUAAAUAAAAAUACAGACUAGCAAAAAAUUG